UCAGACAUUAAGACCUCCGGGGUUAAUCUGGCCUAAGCUGGACGCAGAAAAGCACAGAGGAAUCAGGAUCGUAUCCAGUGGGAACACUGUCCUAAUCCCCAUCUGCCCUCUCCUUUGUAAACAUUCUUUACUGUGUCGGGGUCACCAAUACUUUUUACUCCCACUUCGUCUCUGUCGUCACGAUGGGUUUUAUGUCAGACUGUGGGAAAACAUGGAGAUGAGCAGAAAGCUUGGAUUUCAUAUGAUUUCAAGCAGACCUGAUCCACACACUGCGAGCGGGGCCUCAAAGUCAGAGCAUGCCAUGUGGUAGCAUGGUGAGGCAGUGGGAGAUCAGGCCCACGGUCGUCCUGCGCGGAAUCAAACGCACCAGGGUCCUAAUGUGGCAGUGGAUUCAGGGGCUGACCCGGGCCUGCAGGCAGAGUGUGGGCUACCAGGUUAACUACAAUGACCCGGAUCAAGCAGAACAGGAGAUGGUGUUCCUUGAGUUGGAGAGGAGACGCAUGCGUACUGACCUGAAGCAGCCGGUCGGAGGAGAGGAAAAAAAGCCUUAUGUUCCAUCGGAUGUAAUCAAGGCAAAGAAUUCCCUCUUCUCGUGGUGCAUACAUGGUGAAAUUCCCAUGGGAUCAGAGCGGAUGGAGAUGCGAAAGAGGCAGAUGUCGGUGCAGCAGGAGUUGGCAGCGGGGGGAACUGCACCGACCCAGCAGGACCAGCCGAGCCAGGCCAACCCGCGAGGCUCCAACGCGUGUUGCUUCUGCUGGUGCUGCUGCUGUAGCUGCUCCUGGAAUGAAGACAGGGAUGAAAGAAAUCGAAAGGCAUCAUAUGACGUCAAAGAAGGGACCUCAGACUGUGAAGACUGCCCGAAACCCACACUGGAGGAGGUGCGCACAUGGGGGCAGUCGUUUGAUAAGCUGAUGUGCUGUCCAGCGGGGAGGAACUCUUUCCGCCAAUUUCUUCGUACCGAGUUUAGUGAGGAGAACAUGCUGUUUUGGCUCGCAUGCGAGGAGUUCAGCAAAGAGACCAAUAAAAGUGUGAUCGAGGAGAAGGCCCGGCUCAUCUACGAGGACUACAUCUCCAUUCUCUCACCGAAAGAGGUGAGUCUUGACUCCCGGGUGCGCGAAGUGAUUAACAGGAACAUGCCGGAGCCCACCUUGCACACGUUUGACGAUGCCCAGUUGCAGAUCUACACGCUAAUGCAAAGAGACUCGUAUCCCCGCUACUUGAACACCCCAGCAUACAAAAACCUGCUCAACACUCUGUCAGAGCAGUCCCCCGAAUCUUAGGGUGGCGACAACAACCUGUGAGCUUUUAACCCUUUUUGCCCUUUCUUAGACCUUGAAUCCCCCACUACCCAGCCAAUCCUUAUCCCCCAGUUUUUGAAAAAAUAAAUAAAUAAAAAAUCAGUGUGAUCAGUGUAGGAUUACAUGAGCCAGGCCUCGGGCCCCGGCCCCACCCAGGGAUCUCAGCGCUAUUGUGAUCUGCACCUGACCGAAGACACUCAGGUCUGAAAAACCUCCCGAGGGCUUGACAUCACAUGUACUGCUACAGAUCAACAUAGGAAUAGACUCCAAAGGAAUACGAAUAACAUUUUAAUUCUGGUUAAUUUUCUUCUUUUUUUGAUAGAAAUAUUCUAUUUUAUUUGUGUUCAGAGUUUUUUAUGGUCUGUUGUUUUUUUGUAUGAUUGUUUUUGGGGGGAAAUGAUUCCUACUGUAGACUAUAUAUACAUAUAUAUUUAUGAGUUUGUAAAUAGUUCAAAUGAAAUUGUGGGUAUUUUAUGUGAAAACGCCUGGUUCUAUUUACUGCGUAUGAAAAUCAAAGCUCAAGUCAAUGCUACACAUUAGCUUGACUUGCAGGCAGCUUUGUGGGGUACUGUUUUAGUUUUUAUUCUUAUUUGGUUUCACUUGGUUUUGUUUUUAACCUCACACUUUAGUACCUGAGGCAGCAACUUGGCAACUCCAGUUCUUGCACAACCUGUGCAUGGUAUAAAAUACUGUAUGUAUGGUUACCAGAGAAGUGAUAGGGUGCAAAAAACAAAAAUUAGUAAAAAUGAAGAGUGUUUAACCUCUAUCAAUUACUUAUGUGAGACAAUGUUUUUUUUUUUAGAUACUAUUGUUACACAUUGCACACCUCAUAGGUCUAUGAAAGAUUUAUUGGUGUACGAUUUGAAGCUAAAUAAGUAGAUUUUACAAGAAAAAGUAUUUUAUUUAAUUUAAUUUAAUACUAUUCCAUGACAAAACAAAAUUUCAAAUAAAAUUUAACAAUUGUGAUGAAAAUAACACAGAAAAUUAAGACAUUUUAAUUAAGAUAUUUUAUUUUAUGGGUCUGCAAUUUUCCAAUAACUUUUCAAGGUUUUCUUGAUAAAUACUAAUAAUUUCCUGAUAAGUAUAUUCUUUGCAUUUAAAAAAAGGGAAUUAGACAUAGAAGUGAACAAACAACAAUGAUAUAUAUAUAUAUAUAUAUAUAUAUAUAUCCAAAGAAAUAUAUCCUUAUUUUCACAAGUCUUACCUGUAACUGUUUUUAGACUUGUAGCUCAAUUAUAUGUAUUAAAUGAAGAAAUCUGUAAAAAAAACAAAAAAGAAAAAACAAGCAUGGCAGCCAUAAAUGCUGCUGAAAGUUGCCAAACAAUGAUGAUGUUAUGUUUGGGGCAUCGAUGGACACAAGUCCAUCAAAGAGGAAACUAGUGAUAGCACAGGCUCCAGCUGAAAUUUGAGUUGUGUCCAUUUUUCAGUUAACAGGAUAAAAUUAACAUAAAUUUGGUCUGAGAGCUGUAGCCUGGAGACCUAACAAACCAGCACCCAACAGAGGUCUUUAAAUUGCUAUAUGGUAAGCCCAGUGUGUCUGUAAAUCACCACAGCCAGGAAUUCUUAAUUAACACUAAAAUUCUGGCAACAUUCAGUUAGACGUUGUAAUUUGUGCCCCAGUUCUGACAAGCAUUGUUGCUCUGAUGCCCGUUUUUCUAAACAACUUUCAUCAGAAUAAAUUAUAUUACGAGGCCAUGCAGUGAUUGGUAAAGUUUCAUUUUUCUCCACAUAGUCAAUCCAUAAUUUAUGUAUGAGGAUUUAACUGCACUAUAGUAAUGUAGCUAUCAAAAUGUUAUUCCCAGGAGGCUGUCACACCAUCCUUCCUGUCUGUGUUUACUACCACGAAGCUCAUUCGAGUUUCCUGCAUAUAUGAGCUACAUCCUUUUUCGGUCUCUCCAAUAAACAGCCACACAGCCAUUAGACAUAUUUCUGUUAAGAAGGUAUUUCUUGUCAUGAAAACAACCCAGGAUCUGUCUACAGCCAUAUAGACUAGCAGACUUAAAACCAGUCCCAUUUCAAAAGCCACGUCAUAAUUUAUAGACUUAUUGCAGUGUGGGGUUAUGAGUUCCAGCAUCACCCUUCAUUCUCCCUGUGGUUGGCAAAAUAGGCAUAUUCCUGUAUUGAAGCAGAGCAUGAAACUCAAAUACAUUCUGAGAACCGAAUGUAAAAAGUCAAAAUUGCAAAAAGCUGUUGUACACAUGAAUACUUUAACCAUCUAAGAUUUCAUUCAAGGUGUUAACUGAUGAGACGCACCAUGGUGCACCUAAUGUUUCAUGAUGACGUUUAUCUGACAUGAUAAAACAGCUUUGGCUUUUGCUGCUUAUUAACUGAUUAAGUAAAGAGCAAAAAUGAAAUUAUUAUAUUAGCAACAAUUAACAUAAAACUUUAAAGUUUGUCUAAGGAACAUGCAGGAAAGUAAUGAGAAAUUACAGACCUGUUAGUAAAGCAUCUAAUAUGAGAUUGAUCAUAAAUAAAUUAUAUAUAUAUAUAUAUAUAUAUAUUUAAAAAUGUAUAUAAAAUAUUAUAGUCUGACCUGAUGGUAGGGGGUCCUGCCAGGUUAGCAGAAACACCAAAGCUAUCAUGUAAACUGUGUUCAUAUGUUUAAAGAGAGUGUUGACUAAAAUUGGAGUUGCCAAGUGAUUAAUACUUAUAGUAUCUAAUUUUAUUUGAAUUACUUUGUUGCCUCACAUUGUGUCACUCAAAGACAAGAUCCUCACAUGGGGAAGUGCCUUGACAUUCAGUUUUCUGACAUCUUUCUCAUGGGCAACAGUUGUUUGCUGACUUGUGCCGUAAGGUUGUUCACUGGAGCAUGACUCCAGCUUUACUGAAAAUUGUCCCUCUCAUUGGCCAAAAUAUCUCAUGCGUUUGGUCCCAAUUCCUCAGUCGUGAGGACUUCGGUUGAUGGUAACAGGAAGAAGCACCUAUCAGUUGGCUAAAGACAGAGAUCGCUGUGACCAAGAGUGAGAAGUUGGAGCUCCUCGCCAACUUGUGUGCUUCAUGGUGGCACUUGUCUUAAACUCACUACAUAUGAUGUGCAAUUUGAGCAGAUGGGUUACAUUGCGCAGACCAACCUCAAAACAAUCUAAGCCAAUGGUUUGGAGUGAUGCCUAUAAAUGUUGUUUCUUCUGUUUACUAUAUGAAAUGUGUUAUUUUGUGCUGAUUUUACAUUUGAAUUUUGACAUUUUUCAAAAAACAAAUAAUGUGAAUGUUUACAGUAUGGUUUAAUUUUAUUUAUUGCUUUGGUUUUCCUGCUACUCUCCAAGAAAAGAAUUCACCUGUGGGCAUUUCGAUUGAGAUAAAAUAAAGCACAAUAAUUUUA